GUUACUAUACAAAAUUUGCCCCCUCCCCUGUUUCCGCUUAUAAAUAUUUCACUUCACUCAUUUCCCUCUUCACGCUUAUCUUUAUCAUCAUUCAUGGCCUUCUCCAAAACUCUCGCUGCUUCCCUCAUCUUCUUCACCCUCGUUCUUCUGCAACUUGCCCAAUCUCAUCUGGUUAUCAGAACCGCGGUGGACGGCCCCUCACCUCCCCCCCCGCACAUAGAUUGUGAUAGUGAGUGCGAUAGGAGGUGCAAGUUAUCGUCAAGGCCAAACCUCUGCAAGAGGGCUUGCGGAACGUGUUGUGCUCGCUGCAACUGCGUGCCUUCUGGAACUUCCGGUAACUACGACGAGUGUCCCUGCUACGCCAAUAUGACCACCCACGGCGGCCGCCACAAAUGCCCUUAGUUUUAUUACAUCAAACCGUCCUACAAUGUUUGUCUACAUAAAUAAAUAAGUCCUUUAUCCA